AUAAACUAACAUUGAAUGUGUACCCUGCCUCUGUUCGGAAGCGGGUUGAGAGGUGCGCCGGUUUUAAAAAACGGCCAAAGGACGUCUUCUUCUUCUCUCCAUCCAUCGACGAAACUCCGAUCGUUAAUCUCUCUCUCUCUCUCGCUCUCCACCUUGAAUAUCCCGCGGGCUACCAUUUCCUAUUCUACGCACCUCUACUCACCUUCAAAAGAGAACGGGAACUACCCGUUUCUUAUCCUUCGCAUCCGUUUCUUAUCCUACGCACCCUCAACGAUGAUCUGGAAGCACAUUUCACGGAAUCAUGCAUGGAAUUCCCUGCGACGAACGGUGUCUGCAUACAAUUCAGCUAAACAAUCGCCAUUAUCGGCUUUGGAGCAGCAGACUCUGGGGUUUUCUUCUUCUACUAGAACAAUUUUCUCUCCAUCCUUCCGUCCGUCGGAUGCCUCAAGUAAUCGCAUCUUUUUGAAGAGUGCAUAUACUGGCAAGAGUUGUAGCUUUUCAAGUCAAGGUUGGGUUGAUCCUCCGACAGGGGGAGUAAUUGAUGUACCGUUGGCGCAGACUGGUGAAGGUAUUGCUGAAUGUGAGCUUCUCAAAUGGUUUGUGCAAGAGGGGGAUUAUGUUGAAGAAUUUCAACGCCUUUGUGAAGUUCAGAGUGAUAAAGCAACUAUCGAAAUUACAAGUCGUUACAAGGGAAAAAUAGCUCACAUUCUCUAUGUUCCUGGUGACAUUGUGAAGGUUGGUGAUACUCUAUUGAAGAUAGUUACUGAAGAAAUUCAGACUCCAAUGCCGAGUCAUGAUGCUUUGGCUGAUACAUCUUCAGAUUCUGAGUCAUCAGAACCUGAUGAUCAAUGUUCAUUGGUUAACAAGGAGAUUGUAGGAGUUCUAUCUACACCAGCUGUUAGACAUCUUGCUAAGCAAUAUGGUCUAAAUAUAAAUGACAUUUGUGGAACUGGUAAAGAUGGGAGGGUUUUAAAAGAAGAUGUCCUGAAAUCUGCUGCGAAUAAAGGGUUGUGUAAAGAGUCAUUUGCAACUUCGGAUUCGGGUCUUGAAGGUCCAUCACUGCUAAAAGAGGCCAAGGUAGACGAGCAAUGCUAUGAAGAUACAACAGUUCUCCUUAGGGGAUUUCAGCGAUCGAUGGUUAAAUCGAUGACCAUGGCUGCAAAAGUUCCACAUUUUCAUUACCUAGAAGAGAUAAACUGUGAUGCUCUUGUAGAACUUAAAGCAGCUUUCCAAAACGAGAAUACUGAUCAGAAUGUCAAACACACUUACUUGCCAUUUUUAAUAAAGUCACUUUCAGUGGCAUUGUGUAAACAUCCCUUAUUAAAUAGUUCUUUCAAUGAGGAGUCAUACGAGCUCAUCCUUAAAGGGAACCACAAUAUUGGUGUUGCCAUGGCAACUCAGUAUGGUCUAGUUGUACCAAACAUAAAGAAAGUUCAGUCACUUUCAAUCUUGGAGAUAACAAAGGAAUUGUCACGGUUGCAACAACUGGCAUUGAAUAACAAGCUCAGCACUGAGGAUAUUUCUGGUGGAACUAUAACCUUAAGCAACAUUGGAGCAAUCGGUGGCAAGUUUGGCUCUCCGCUUCUCAACUUACCUGAAGUUGCCAUCAUUGCAAUUGGCCGAAUUCAGAAACUUCCACGCUUUACAGAUGAUGGAAGUGUAUAUCCUGCAUCUGUCACCAAUGUAACAAUUGGUGCUGAUCAUAGAGUAGUGGAUGGAGCUACGGUCGCCAGAUUUUGCAACGAGUGGAAGCUAUUGAUUGAAAAACCGGAGCUGCUCUUGCUAAACUCGAGAUGAUCUAACAGCAUAAUAAUCAAUCACGGUCCCUUCUAUCGACCCCACCACAUUGGCGUUUCUCAAUUUCAAGAACACCCAUGUUCGUUAAAAAUAAUGGAGGCAUUGAACUUAAGAAAGACAUUUUAUUUAUAAAGGUCUCCUUUUUUUAAAGCUGCACUUGAGGGCCUGUUUGGAUGUUACUCAUAGUUUACAACUGCAAUUGCAAUUUGCAACACGUUGGGUUAAGAUCACAUUCCCACUGCAUUUUUGAAAGCACCGACUUUCUGGAGUGGAUGCAAGCUCUCGGCUCAAAUCCAUAGGAUGGUCCGCGAUGCCUCCUUAAGGUUAGUACAAAAUUCUUCUUUGCAAACUACCCUUAAAAGGAGUUUUCAUCUUGUAUUAUGAAAAUCAAGCAAUUGUCAAUUUGAUUCAAUUGCUGAUUUUGUACUCGA